AUGCGAGGGCUUGCUGACAAGGAUUGUGUGUCCAGCAAUAAGAAACGAUUCAAUGUGGACUCCCCUAGCUUCACCCCGUCCCUGCUGUCUGGCAAUGGCGCUGCCCCGAAGAAGUCAACGACCAUGUCCCCAAAAGCUGCCAAUGCAGCUCCUUUUCAACCUAGAACCACUUCAUCACGCUCCAAUACAAGUACUCCAACGAUGCGACAAGAUACACCUGACUGGACGGUGGCCGAGGCACAGGAGUUUGUGCCUCAGUUUGAAGGUGGCCACUUGGUAGGUCACACCUUCUCUAUUUUGCAAUUCCUCAGCACCAUGUCCAAGAUUCUGGACUCUUUCCACAACCGCUCCAGUCGCAGCUUGAGUGCACUGGCAGAUGACUUUGACCCGUUCACCGAGCAGAGCAGCUUCAAAUGCCGUAGCUCCAGUCUUGACUGCCAGACUGACAUGCCCCUCCAGACACCCCUUCAGGGAAAUGGCAAUGGAAUUGCUACCUCGGCUGCUUUCGAUCCUUUUGUCUCUGCUUCGACUCCUCUGUCUGCCACGGGCGCUGUUGGACCUGUUUCAGCCAACCCAUACUCCCACGAAAGUGCCGCUGCUGCUGCCCUGGGAGGCGCUGCCUUCUUUGCCAACCAGACUGGCUUUCAGCAACCGGUUCAGUACCAUCUGUAUGCACCAAUUGGCCCCCAUAACCAGAACACUCUGGGCUACCAACGAAAUGUCCACGAUCUCUUUCUACCCAAUGACUUCCGAGAAGAAUUGCAGAAGAAGGCUGCUGCUACAUUGCAAACACUUCCUAACACACAGCUGCCAGCUCAGGUAGAUUAUUUCCAUUCUCUAGUCCCGUUGGAUCUCAGCCAUCAGAAGAAUGCUGCAACAUUCGGCUUCCCGAGUUGGGUAUACAAAGCACAGUCCAGCAAAGAUGGGAACUUCUAUGCUCUUCGACGGCUUGAAGGUUUCCGCUUGACCAAUGAGAAGGCCAUCCGGUCUGUUCAGGCCUGGAAGCGCGUGUGCAAUGGGAGUGUGGUUACUGUCCAUGAUGCAUUUACCAGCCGAAGCUUCCAGGACAGCUCCCUGAUCUUCGUGACGGACUACCACCCAUUGUCCAAGACCCUUGCUGAGCAACAUCUGGGUGCUGGUAACCGAUUCCAAGGCCGCCACAACACCCAUAUCCCUGAGCAGGUCCUCUGGGGUUACAUGACUCAGAUUGCGAAUGCGCUAAAGGCAGUUCACUCGAAUGGCCUGGCUGCACGAGUGCUGGAGCCCGGUAAAGUACUGUUGACGGGCAAGAAUCGCAUUCGGUUGAACGGCUGUGCGAUUUUGGAUGUAGUACAAUUUGACUCUCAGCGGUCGGUUACCGACCUCCAGCGGCAGGAUCUGGUCAAUUUUGGGCAACUGAUUGUCACUCUGGGCGCCAACGCGCCAAACAUUAUGCACAAUCCCACCAAGGCCAUGGAACAUUUCACCCGCGCAUACAGCCCGCAAUUGAAGAACUCGGUGUUUUGGCUCCUGAAUGGGUUGCAAAAGGACCAGGACCGCAGCAUCGACAUCUUCAUUACGGGAAUCUCAUCGCAGCUGAUGUCAACAUUUGACUCGGCGCUCCACUUGGAUGAUCAGCUCACGUCGGAUCUCAGCCGCGAGCUGGAGAAUGGGCGGCUGGUGCGCCUGAUGACCAAGCUGAACUUUGUCAAUGAGCGACCCGAGUACGAGCACGACCGGCAGUGGUCGGAGAAUGGAGAACGCUACUUUUUGAAGCUCUUCCGGGAUUACGUCUUCCACCAGGUGGAUGCUCAGGGCGAACCGGUGGUUGACCUCGGGCAUGUCCUGACGUGUCUGAACAAACUCGAUGCGGGCACGGACGAGAAGGUCACACUGGUGAGCCGAGACGAGCAAAGUUGUUUUAUUGUUAGCUACAAAGAGAUCAAGAAGGCUCUCGAAUCCUCCUUCCAAGCGUUAAAGCCAGCAAGACGGCUGCAUUGA